GUGCGGCAAAUGCCUUCUCGUCUUCUCUUCUCAAUUUGGUAAACCACUUUGGUUUUGCCCAAACAAAAAAGGAAGCCAAGAAGAAGAAUCAGAAAGAUCAAACAAGAAUUUGGAGAAAAAAGAAGCAAAAAUCUCUUUCUUGAUUCUCUAAAUUCUUCACUACCCAACUCCCUCUCCCUCUUCCAUCUCCCAAUCCUACAAACAGACAGACAGACAGACUCACAGAGAAACAUUAAAUUCUGGGCUGCUGCCAUUUUUGUUCUGACAAGAGAAAAGUAUAAGAAAAAAAGAAUUUUUUUUUUUUUUGUUUUCGAUUUUUGAGUUGGAAAUGAAGAGGUCGGCUCCUUCUUCUUCUUCUCCGUCUUCCUCUUCGUCGUCUUCUUCCUCUUGCAUUCAGUUGCCGCCGGCCGGCCAGCCGGUGGCCAGCCCGGAGCCCCGACCGGCGAAGCGUUCCAGAGCGAAGAGAACUGCCAAUGCCGAUUCAACUCCGGCCAGAAGAAGCUCUGCUUACAGAGGUGUCACAAGGCACAGGUGGACCGGGAGAUAUGAAGCUCACCUAUGGGACAAGACUACCUGGAAUAACAUUCAGAACAAGAAAGGAAGACAAAUUUACUUGGGGGCAUAUGAAAGUGAGGAGGCCGCUGCCAGAACGUAUGAUCUUGCUGCUCUUAAGUACUGGGGGGCCUCUGCUACACUUAACUUUCCGGUUGAGACAUAUGACAAAGAGAUAGAGGAAAUGCAACCGUUGUCUAAGGAGGAGUAUCUUGCUUCGCUGCGGAGGCAGAGCAGUGGCUUUUCUCGAGGCGUUUCUAAGUAUCGUGGUGUGGCGAGGCACCACCAUAAUGGUCGAUGGGAAGCCCGAAUUGGACGAGUCCUUGGGACUAAGUAUCUCUACUUGGGAACUUUCAGCACACAAGAGGAAGCUGCAGAAGCAUAUGAUAUGGCGGCAAUUGAGUACCGAGGGCCUAAUGCAGUCACGAAUUUCGACGUUAGCCGUUAUGCAGACGUGCUGAACAAAAUCCGGGAGCGAGAGCAGCUGCAGCAGAUGGCUGGUAAUCCCGAGUCGUCAGUGGAGGUUCAGUCGGGCGAGCAAUCCGAUCAGGAUCAAGAAAACGCGGGAGAGAAACAGGAGGGGGCGGAAGAGGUGAACAAUGAAGAGCACCCGUGGAAGCCCGAAUUCCCAAAGAUGGAAGAAGAAGUAGUAGGGGUGCUGGAGCCACGGGUUCCGGAAAUGGAGUUUGCCCCUCCCCCGCCACCCGUCGAGGCCUCGUCUGCUGCAAUGCUGAUGAUGGACCCCGCAGCUGAGGAGCACGAUAGUGCCUGGAACGUGUUCUUGGACCCCGGGUUCGAGCAGUUCUUGAACACUUCUGAUGACCUCUUCAGCAUCUUCAACUCCCCCUUCGACGAUGAUAUUGACUCCAUCUUCGGGGAGCAGCUCAUCGAGAAGGAGUUCGUUCAGGCUGGCAUUCUCAGCAGCGUCAAUGAAUUCCCGGCUACUUGAGACAACUCGUGUUUGUUUGUAGUUAAACAGAAACAGUGAGUAGAAGCUUAGUGGCAGCAAAACUGCCUUUCUAGUUUUAGAUAUCUAUCCAUAGAAAGACAUGUUUUCUGUUC